AUGGCGUACCGGAAGGUGGACGACGGGCAGGGCCGCCCGCUGGGGGGGGAGGUCCUGCAGUGCUCCGAGGGCCUGGGGGGUCUGGAUUGGAGCCUGGAUAAAGAGGGGGACCUCCAGGAACCUGAACCAGGCCUGGUCCGCAUGCAGUUGCAGCACGCUGAACACCAGAGGACAGGUUGCACUAACGCCAGCCCGGACCCUGACCUCAUGGAGCCCAUCCAGCCCUCCGUGUCCGUCUCCCCUCACGGACGUUUCGAGCGGCUCCAAGAGGACCCCGAUUACAUCUCCCACUUCACCCGCUGCCCCGGACACAAGGGCCAACGGAGGCUGCACUGCACCCUGGCCAGGUACCUGCUGGCCGGGGCGUGUUUCUUUGUCACGGGGCUCCUGAUUGGCCGUUUCACUCGUUCCCCGGAGAGUGGUCCAUUGGCCCUCCCUGAGGAUAACAAAGACCUGCUGGAGGAUCUCCUUAAAGGGAUCACAGCUGACAAGAUUAAGACCCUGCAGAGGGCUCUGAGCAGCCUCCCUGACGCCGGAGAGGACGAGGCCUGGGCCAGGUUCCUCUACAGGCAGUGGGUGGGUCUCGGCUUGAGGGACGUCCGCCUGUCCAAUCACACGGUGCUGCUCAGCCUGCCCGGCCCCGCCCCAAACACCAUAACAGACAGUUCCUCCAAUCAGUGCUUCCUGCCUUGUGGCACGCCGUGCGACCAGCCGGGCGGCAGCUACGUGCCCCGUUCAGAGCCCGCCUACGCCGCCUAUUCGUCAGUGGGAAGUUUGGAGGCAGAGGUGGUGGACGUGGUGUACGGCGCUGCUGAUCGCUUGAGGCAGGCCAGCGGAAACGUCAAUCUCACCGGCCGGAUAGCACUGCUGAAACUAGGUCAAGCGCCCCUGCUUUACAAGCUGUCCUUGCUGUCGGCGUGGGGCCUGGGCGGGGCCCUGCUCUACGUGGACCCCUGCGACGCCCCUCCCGACCUGGACGUCCUGCACCAGGCCUUCAGCGUGACGCUGAACCCCGGCGGACACCCUUUGAGCCCGGGAACGCCCAGCGGCUCAGGGGGCAGCCUGACGUCUCUGCUGGUACAGCCAAUCUCUGCCUCCCUGGCAAAGAGACUGCUAUCGUCCCCCACCGCCCCAGAGGGGGGAGGAGCCUGCAUCCCGUUGGCCACGCCUCCACAUUCAGAGAGGAAAAAGGUCAGACUCACCAUUGGAAACCAGUGGACCCACAGCAAGAUUUACAACCUGGUCGGACACCUGCGUGGUAGAAGGAACUCAGAUCGCCAUGUGCUGGUCGGCAGCCAUCAUGACAGCAGUCAGGGGGGCGGGGCCCCAGCCAUUAUGACACAACUCAUCUCCACCAUGAUGGAGCAGGCCAAAGGGGGCUGGGCCCCGGACAGGACCACUGUGUUUUGCUCCUGGGGGGGGGCCUCCCUGGGUCACAUCGGGUCCCUUCAAUGGGGUCAGGAGCACAGGGUGGUCCUACAAAGCAGUGUGGUGUCCUACGUCAGCCUGAACUCUCCAGUCAGAGGGACAGAGAGGCUGAGGGCCACGGCCUCCCCGGCUCUGCUUCAGCUCACCUCGGACAUCCAGAGAAGACAGCUGCUGAGCUGCAUGCGUGGUGGGAACUGCCCCGGACCAAACGUCAGCUCCUCGCAGUUGCCAGGAGACGUGAGCUUCUUCGCCAACCAAUUGGCCGUACCCACGGUGGAGUUUGCCUUUGAGCAGAGCAAAGACGAAGAGACCACCACCUAUCUGUCAGAGGUCCAGUUUGCCAUUGAGCCUCCUGAAACCCUUGACCCGCUGUACAAGUUCCAUGAAACCAUCGCCAAGAUGACAGCAGAGGCCAUUUUCCGGCUGGUGAAUGACCCUGUCCUGCCCUUCUACCCGUUGGACGUCGCUCUCGACGUACAGAACAAACUUAAAGCGGUCAGCAUGCCACCCCCUGCCCUGCUGUCCUGGGCCACCUCUCUGCGGGACAGGGCCGCCUUCCUCCAGUCUGAAACCAUGAGGCCGGCCAACGACCCCAAAGAGCGGGAGCCGUCCCACGUGCGCAUGCUCAACGACGUGCUCCGCGACCUGGAGAAGAGCUUUGUGGUGCCGCACGCCCCCCCCGGAGUCUACAGGAACCUCUUAUACAGCCUUCCUGGGAAGACGCCCCAGUUCUCCACGCUCAGGUUCCCCCAGGAGGACGCCGGCCCCGCUGAGGAGGCACAGAGGAGAGCGGCUGUUCCUGCUCCUUCGCAACACGGAGCCUGCGACAACCAAUCGCUGUCCCUCAUCCUGGCCGCCGUUCGGUCGGCCGAGAUGCUGGUUUGCUUCGGCCUCGGGCUGUUUGAUGAUAACAACACUGGGGACGGCAAAUGA